AUGGAGGAAUUAACCUCGGGUUUGGAUCCCGACGAUUUGAUGGAUCUGGACGAGCCCGAAGGCUCCGAUUUGGACGAGGACGACGACGAUCUCAUCGACGAUCACGUCUCGUCGCCUUUCAUCUCGUCCUCGGCCCCGGAGUCCACAGCCAACUCCGUCGCCUCUUCACCGAUCCACGAAGACUUCCCUCCGCCCUUCAAUUUCACCGGGAAACCUCUGCACGUUAAACGCGGAAGAGGCAGGCCCCGAAGAGAAGGAGGAAAGCCUUCGGCGCCGAGAACGACUAGAGGCGGUGGAACUGGAGUAUCGAGAGUACGUAGGCCCAGGCCUCCGGGUUUUUCGAGAAGAGGAUCGCUAGGGGGAAGUAGGAGCGUUAGACAAGUGGAUAGAUCGGAUUACGAGAUGUCCCUUUUCGCCGGCUCGCCGGUGGACGACGGUUUGUUGGAUCCCGAAACCGGAUCGAUGAUCUUUCCCGAGAAGUUUGUGCCCGCGAUCGAGGAGCCUCCGUACUUUCCGGAACAUUGGCCGGGGAAAGUUUGUGCCUUGUGUAAUUUAGGCGAAAGGAGCCAGUUAGGGCAAGGUGAAAUGCUGAGAUUGAAUUGUCCCGAAGGUUUCUCCCCGGAGAAAGUUAUUAGCGAACAAAUAUUAGAAAGGGCUUUGCAGGCUCCGGAUAAGGAAUGCGGGGAUAAGAGUCCGAAAGGGCCUGUGACGUGUAGAAGGCAAAAGAGUUUCAACAAAUGCAGACAUCCUUCGAUAACCAGUGAAUACGUUGAUGAGUUAACUAUAAUCGGAUAUAAUGAAGUACCUGAUGUAUCUAGUUUGUUCGAACCAAACGGACAGUUUUACGUGCACCGCAAUUGCGCGUUGUGGUCUAACGGUGUAACGAAAGCAGAAAAUUCGGCUUUGUUGAACGUCGGGCCGGUAGUUUCGCAAAGUUCUUCCAAAAAAUGUUCCUUCUGUAACCAUUACGGUGCCAGCCUGACCUGUGACGUCGACAAAUGUACCAAAACGUAUCACUUUCCUUGCGCUACUGCUGCCGGUGCCUUUCAGGAUGUUUCGUCGUUAACGACUUUGUGCAACGACCAUUACGGGCAAGUGGCCAUGCUCACUGACGCAUCUCCGUGUUUGACUUGCGCGUCGAUGGGAGAUAUUGCGAAUUUGAUGUUUUGUUCGGGUUGCGGCGCGCACUAUCACGGGAUUUGCGUGGGAUUAGCUCAGUUGCCAGGCGUAAGAUCCGGUUGGCAGUGUAGGAAAUGCCGUUGUUGCCAAGUCUGUCGAGUAGUCGGAGACGAGUCUAAGCUGAUGACUUGCGAACAAUGCGAUAAGAUUUACCACGCUAGUUGUCAAAGACCUAUAGUGACUUCGAUACCGAAAUACGGUUGGAAGUGUAGAUGUUGUAGAGUAUGCGGCGAUUGCGGCGCUCGAACGCCCGGGGCCGGUUUGUCUUCGAGAUGGCACGCUCACUAUACGGUGUGCGAUUCGUGCUACCAACAAAGGAACAAAGGGUUUUCUUGUCCUGUAUGCCAUAAGGCUUACCGCGCUCACGCUCACAGAGAAAUGGUGCAGUGUUCGAGUUGCAAGAAGUUCGUUCACGGAACGUGCGAUCCCGAGGCGGACGUUGUUACCUACAGUCAAAAGAAGGAAAUAAGCGUGGAGUAUGAAUACGUUUGCUUGCAUUGCAAAAAUAGCACGGCUAGACAAAUAACAGCGAAACGAGCGAGUAUCGAUGAUCCUUCCGACGUAUCAGCUUCACACGAUUCCCUAUACGACGAUACAUCGGAAUUCGAUCUUCCAUCGCCCGACGAGUUCGCCAGAAACAUGGGUUUGGGCAAAGGGAAACCGUACAGCGCGAAUAAAAUAGCCAAGAAGCGCCUCAGUUUCACCGUAAAUCCCGUCGGCAGGCCGAAAGGCACCGGAAAAGUCCCGCCCGGCAAAAUGGGCUACAUGAAGAGGUACCGACUAACGGAGUUCAACAGAAAGCGCGGCCCCAAAGCCAAAAUGCGAGGCAUCUUCGGCGUGCCCGGCGUCGGCCUGCAACGGCCCAUUUCCGACGGUAAAACCGACGAAGAGCCGGGCGUCGAAAACCGAUUGGUCUUGUGCUCGGCCAAAGACAAAUUCACUUUGACCCAAGACAUCUGCGUCAUGUGCGGAGCGUUCGGAACCGAUCAAGAGGGAUGUCUGAUCAGUUGCGUACAAUGCGGACAAUGUUACCAUCCCUAUUGCAUUAACGUUAAAGUCACUAAAGUGAUUUUACAGAAAGGAUGGAGAUGCCUGGACUGUACGGUGUGCGAAGGUUGCGGCCAACGCAACGACGAGGGCCGCCUGAUCCUCUGCGACGACUGCGACGUGUCCUUUCACAUCUACUGCAUGGACCCGCCGCUCGACUACGUGCCGCACGGCAACUGGAAGUGCAAAUGGUGCGCCGUCUGCCAUUCGUGCGGCGCCACCGAUCCCGGCUUCAAUUGCACGUGGAUGAACAGCUCGACGCAGUGCGGCCCGUGCGCGUCGCACGUCAACUGCGCCGGCUGCAACGAGCCGUACGCCGAGGGCGAUCUGAUCAUCCAGUGCGUCCAGUGCGACCGGUGGUUGCACGGCGCCUGCGAUUCGAUCAAGUGCGAAGAGGACGCCGAGAAGUGCGCCGAGGACGGUUACAAUUGCGUGUUGUGCCGGCCCAGGGACGUGCCGCCGCCUCACUUGGCGCCGGCGGCGGCGGCGCCGAAGCCGCCGACGCCGACGAAGAGUCCCGAGUUGGGGAAGAGCACCAGCUACUACAUGGACGGCGUCUGUCUGAGCGAGUUCGGCAGCAAUUUGAUCAAAUCGUUGGCGCUCGAGUACCACGGGUCGCGGAAGAAACGGAAGAAGAUACCCACCGUGCAGGAUAAGGAAGCCGGUAUUAUGGCUACGAUCGAAUCGGUCGUUGCCGGCGGUAACGUUAUUCCUACUAAUAUGGAAGACAGCGCGAAAUUGGAGCUGGUCGACAUCAAAGACGAACCACAAGAGUUGUACAAGGAAGGCAUGAUGUGGACGAAAGAGGACGGGCCGCCUCCCGAAGGUUUCACGAUCAUCACGAUGGAGAACGGUUUGAACGUGCUGCGAAGGAAGAGGCAGCGGAACCUGCAGAAGCUCGGCAUCGGCGGGUUCGUCGUCAGGAUGAGAGGUAUCAGGACGGGUCAGGAUAACGACGAUGUGGAUUCGACUGUAGGUCAAAGCGGGCUCAAUCCAAACGAUAUCGUCCCGUCUCCAGCGGACGGGGAUAAACCCAGAAGGAAAGCCAUCCGGAGGAAGCCGAAGAGUAAAUUGGCCGAAACGUUUCCGGCAUAUCUACAGGAAGCUUUCUUCGGAAAGGACCUCAUGGAUACGGUCGAUUGUAAGAAGGAAGAAGUCGAUUGUUAUAGCAGCGACGACGAGAAAACUGACAAGCAUUAUAAAUCCAUUAAUUUGUCUCAAGAUGAAAUUAUAGCGAUUGUGGCAUCGGGUAAAACCGAAAAGUUGGAAAACGAUAACAAAGAUUCGACCAAAGAAUUCGGUUCGAACCAACCGAAGAAUCCCUUCAAACCAACGGUAUUGAAGGAAGAGGAAGAAGAUAAUCCGGAGGAUUUGAAAGACGUUCUCGCCUUACCAGGAGAUUUGCUCGAUACCGAUUUGGUUAACAGUAUUAUGGAGGACGAGGAGGAACUGAGCAAAACUACGGCGUCUCUCGUCGCUCUAGAUUCGAAUUUACAACACGACGCGGAGCUGACGGAUACUUUGAGCAGUUCGGGGAAUUCGAAAGAAACCAAAGACGAAUUGAGCGAUAUUUUAGGGCCGCAUUUCAACCUCGAUUCCAUAUCGAACAUAAACAGCAAAGACGUCGAAGAUAUAUUUAAGGGUGUACUAACGGACGAGUCUCAGGAAUCCCAAGAAAGUAGUAACUUCACCUUACAAGGAAACAGUAUGUUCUCGAAUAACAACUCCCAGCAAAACGUAGCACAACAUCCCAUUAUCAAUCAACCGGUUAGACCGAAAACGUUGCCUACGGUCAAUCACAAUUUGAACUCCCCCGUCGGGUUUCCACCACCAUCGCCUUAUCACUCGGAAUACAGCAACAGCAGUCCCCAAUUCAGUCCGGCUUUCGCCGAAUCGUCGUGUUCGUGGGUGAGCGGAAGCGACGCGCCGGAAAUCGACAGUACCAACGUGACGGUGACGUCGACGUACAACCAACGAUCGUCCGAUAAGAUGAAGGCGGACGAGAGUUUGGGCAAGAGCGCUACGAUUUCGGCCGUUUUGUACGCGAACAUCAACCAUCCCGAAUGGAAGAAGGAGUACCCGAAUUGGCCCGAUAGGUACAAGCAAAUAAUAAAAAAAUGGAGAACGUUGAGCCAAGAGCAAAAAGCGCCGUUUUUGCAGCACGCGAGAGAUAACAGGAGCCAAUUGAGGAUGAAGAAAGCUCAGCAGUCACAGACCGUCAAGGAAACAGCCACCUCUACCGGCACGUCCCCCAACGCGAGCAAGCCUCUUCACCAAGCCGGUCCAGCCUUAGCGACAACCCUCCAGGCGGCGGCGCAACAGCCGGCUGCGGUGGUACCCGCGGCGGCGGCGGCGGCGGCGCCACCGGCGGCAGCGGCCGCCGCGGCGCCCCUUUCAGAGGACCAAGAGAAAAUCGCGCUGCAGCAAAAAUCCGCCAGGGAGGCCGAACAGGAGCGACAAUGGAAGCAACUGCAGGCGCUCAGGCAGCAGCAGACCCAACAAACGCAGAACAUCCUGCACGAACAGCGCGUCCAAGCCAUCGCCCGCGUACAACGCCAGAUAUCCGCCGAUCCGGCGCAGCAGUUCAUCAACGAGCAACAGGGCGCCAUGCAGGCGAACGCGCCGCAGGAAUCGAGCCCGUCGACGACGCCGGCGCCCGGCCCGCGGCAAUUCCUCGGCAUCAAAUCCCCCACGUUCCCCGUCCCGCCGGCCGGCGUCAGGGCCAACGCGCCCUCGCAAUCGCCCCACGACGUCGCCCAACCGCCCACGCCCGACGGUAACGAUCACUUUAUCCACUCCCCCACGAAUCCUAAACCUAAUUUCCCGCCUAGAUUGCCCAACGAUCCGUUCGCCGCGCAACCCGCCGCGCCGCGACCCCCGUUCGGAAUGGCCCGGCCGCCCUUGCAGAAUUUCGGUGGUACCGUUCGCAACGAGCAGCAGGACAUCAACAUCAAUCGCCAGCUGAGGGAGCUGUUGCAGCGGCAGCAGGUCAAGAAGCUGGACGAGUUGUUGCCGGGCAAAGCGCCGCCGCAGCCGCCGCAGAGGUUGUGGCACGCGAACGAUCAGCAGGAGGGCGGCGGCGACGCCUCGAUGACGUCGGGCGGCGCCCAGGGCGCCGACGCCACCUUUCGGCAACCCCUGCCGCCGGGCGUGGUCAAACCUAGGUUGGCCAUCGCGGCCGUUAACAGGCCGAUAUUGAACGCCGUUAGAGUGAAUCAAUUGGAUCCCAGGAUUCAGAAUUUGGAUCCGAGGAUGAGGUUGAUUUUGCAACAUCAGCAACAAAGACUAGCGACGGGCAUUCAACAGCAAUUCAUCCGUUUCACGUCGAACGUGCGACCGACGACGGUGGAACAGUACGAGCAACUGUUGCAGCGUCAGGGCAACAAUCAGAAUCAAAUGCACGCCGAGGACCAGCAGCAGGGCGUCGCGCGAAUGCCCGUAGCCCAAUCGGGCGUCGUGCAAAGGCCGCACGUCGCCCAGGCGUCGGUGACGGGCGCCGUCGCGACGGCUUCUACGGAGAGCAAUCCCAGCGAGGAAGGUAUCCCCGAUAACGUGACUGCGGAAUUGGAAAAACUGGAACAGGAAACCGGCACUAUGGUGGAGCUUCAAGGCGUCAGCGACAUUUUGGGCGGUUUGGACGACGACGACGAGCUUUUGGCCGAAAUGGGCGCCGAUUUCAACAUACUCGAAUACGCCGAUCCCGAAUUGGAGGCACUGACGGGCGGCAAAACGAACAUCCUAGACCUGGAGCUCGAAGAGGAGCCGGUGAAAAAGGAGAAACUCGCCUCUAACGCCUCUAACACUUGCGCUCCCGCGCAAAAACCGACGCCUAACGUCGCCACGACGGCUAUUAGUAACAGCACGGCGGUGACUACUCCAACCGAAGCCAAUCCAGAGCCUAAAAUCGAGAAUGCGAUCCAACAGGGCGUCGCGAAAACGGCGCCGCAACAGCUACAACAUCCCGUUGCUCUUGCGCAACAGCAACAGCAGAACAUGCCGCAACACGGCGCGCAAGUUCAGGUGCAAUCGCAGCAAUCCCAGCCGCAUCCGCCGCAACAGAUGCCCGUUCAAUCGACGUUGCACAUCCAGCAGAUUCACCAGCAAAUGGUGCAUCAAGUACAACAAGCCGCCGCUCAAGGAAGGCCGAUGCCGCCGGGUUCGAAGAUGCAAACCACCGACGGGUUCGUGGGCGUCGUGAUGGCGAACAACGCCGUGCAAUUGCAGAUACCGCCGAAUUACCAACAACGGUUGCUGCUGUUGCAACAACUGCAAAAUCAAAAGUUGAUGCGGGUGGGUAGCAAUCAACCGAGGCCCGCUUUGCAAGCGGCCCCCAAUCAAAUGCCCGUAGGUAUGAAUCCGGGCGCCAGGAUGCCAGUCGCGGCGCCGCCGCCUCCGCCGCCGCCUUACCCCGGACCGCCGCCGCCCUAUCCGGGCAACGCCAAUCAACAUCAACAGGAACAACCGCUGCUGCUGGAAGAUCUGCUCGAGCAGGAGAAACGCGAACAGGAGAAGCUGCAAAACCAGCCGCCCAACCACGAGGUGACCUCGUCCACCGGCAACGAGGCCGAACCGGCGCUGUUGAGCGACCAGGACUUCGAGCGGCUCAAAGCGGACGUGUUCAACAGCGCUCCCGUCAAUAAUAUAUCGUCGACGAAUCAAGGGAACCCUGUGCAAACGUCGCAGGCGUGGCCGCAGUUGCAGAAUCGUCAGGCGGCGGCGGUGGCGCCGUCGCCGUCGCCGCACACCAUGGAGGUGACCACCAGAGUGCAAAUGUUCAAUCCGAAUUUGAUACCGGCGCCGCCGCUGCCGCCCGAAACCAUCGCCACCGAGCAGGACAAGCAGGCGCAGCUGCUCUACGAGCAAUGGCUGAACCACCAGAACAACGCGCUGGUGCAGCAGUUGCGCUACUACGAGACCGAAGUGCAGAAGCUGCGCAAGGGCAAAAAGUCUCUAAAUAGCAAGCAACGGCAGUUGAGGAAAGCCGGUAAUCAGUUAACCGACGCAGACGCGACGGAACUGCAAAGGAUUACGGCUGAACAGGCUAUAUUACAGAAACAUUUGGAAUCGAGCAGGAAACAAAACCGCCAACACGGCAUGUUGAUACAGGUCUAUAUGAAGGAAUAUAGAAACAAGCAUCCCGCCGUCAAGCAGCGCACCGUAACGGAUCAGAUUCAAUCGCCGUUGGGCCAUCCGGCCUCGUCGCCCGUACAACAACAAUCGAGCGCCUCGCUGUCGCCGAUGUUGUCGCCGUCCGUCUCGCCGAUGACCCAAAACGGCUCGCCUUUGAACAGUCCCGGGCCGAUGGUGCCCUCGUCGCCCGGCCACGGCGCCGUGCAGAACGUCCUGCAGAGCCCCAACGGCGCCAACGCCGCGGCCCAGAUGUCUCCGAUGCAGAUGUCGCCGAGAAUCGGAACGCCUCACUCGCAAAGCGACGAAAGUCCGGGGUCGGCGCAAUCGCCGUCGCAAGUCUGCCUGCCGCCGCCGAUGCCUCGCAUGACGUCGCCGCAACAUCGACGAGUCGUAACCAGCCCGGUGGGAAUGUCGCAGAUGCGGUUCAUCAACAACAACAUGUUGCAACAGCGCGUCCGCAUGCAAUCUCCCAUACAGAAUUUCCAACAGAAACCCGGCACGCCGUCGCCGUUGAACAGCCCGACGUCCCAACAAAUGAACCAACAACAUCAAAUCCAGAAGCAGCUCCAACAACAACAACAACAGCAACAACAACAGACGUUGUUGCAGCAAAACCUGGAAGGCGAUCCGAACGCCAUCCACUCGCAGAGGACCGCGCAGCUGUUGCAGCACCGGAACUUCGUCAGGCAACAGGUGUCCCAGCAGCAGAUGUCGCCGCAAGCGCUGACGCCCCAACAGCACCAGUUGAUGUUGCAGCAGCAAAAACAGCUGGCCCAGCAGCAACAGCAGCAGAUCGCCCAGAUGAACGCCGCGAGAUUACAGCAACAGCAGCAGCAGCAGCAACAACAGCAGAACAAUCCGCCGCACUCGCCGAUGCCACCCAAAAGUCCGAUGAUCAACCAGCAGAUCAUGUCGCCGCAUUCGAUGCCCCAAUCGCCCAUGCAGAUGCCGCCGAAGAGCCCGAUGGUGCCGUUCAACUCGAACCAGCCGAAUCCGAAUUCGCCCGCCGCCAGGAGCCCGGCGUUCCAUCAGGGCAUCAACCAGCCGCCCAGUCCCGUCACGCACGGUCACCAACCGCCCAGUUCGCCCAUGCCCAGGAGCCCGAUGAUCAAUCAGACGCACUCUCCGCACAACGUUCGACGACCGCCCAGCGCCAACAGCAGCCCGGCGAUGCCCGAUCGGCCGCACAGCGUCGAAAACUCCUCGCCCAGAAUGUACUCGAUCGAUCAACUGGUGCAGGAGAGUUUGGCCAAUCAAAACGUCAACGCGCAGUACAACUACCCAUCGGACAUGAUCAACGAAAGCGGCGGCGGGAAUUCGAACAAUCCGAUACCCUGUCCCCCGGAAGUGCCCAGAUUCCGGUACUUUAAAUUGGGUUUGAGAGGCGGCGCGCCCAUGUGGAGCUUCGGCAGAGGCGCCAAAAGGAUACCGGCGCCGCCUAACGUCAAACCGGACGAACCCAAAGCCAAGAAGGAGUCGCAUUUGAGCAAAGUGUCGAUACUGAAGAGGAAAACCUCGAUCGCUUCCAUCGGUAAAGUGGGCUCGUUGGUCAGUUCGGAUUACAACGAUUUAGACGACAGUUCUACCACGCCACCCGUAACACCGCCUCUAGCUUCUACCAGCAGAGGUAUCGUAUCGAAGAAGAAGAACCUCGAACUGCACGCCCAAAAGGAUUCCGUCAUCGUCAUGCACAGCCCCGACGAUGACAACAAACAGCUGGAACUGAUGGAUUACGACGACGAUAAUAACACCGUUCUAUCGUCGGAGGUGUCGUUGAGUUCGGCGGCGCGCAACGACGACGAUUUGGUGGAGAUCGAAACGAUAUCGCAGGACCUCGCCGAAGGCCUGUCCAGUCCGCUGGAACCCGACCAGAUCGGCGACGAGUUCCUGCUGUUCCCCGGCAACAUGGUGGUGGACAUGUCCGGCGAGGAGCACUACUCGGAGAAGGAGGAAGAGGGCGAGUACGCCGAUCAGAACAUGCACAUCGUGAUACGCAGCCCGACGACCAGCGACGACGAGUUCAUCGUGCCGUGCAAGGUGAAGCAGUACGACGAGGACGAGCCGGACGAGAAUCCGGAAUCGCCCGAUCAGGAAGAGUUCGGCGAAUCGUCCGGUUACGAUAACGAGGAGGCGGAUAUAAUUAUUUCGGAUCAGACUAGCGGCGUGGCCGAAGACUCGAUUUCGACUAAGGAGGACUUUGAGGAGCUCAUCGAUGAGGGAUCGAGGAAGAACAACGUAGGGAAACAGGAGGUGACCGCGAAGCACAUACAGGACUUCCACCGGUACACCGAACUGUUCGAUUACGGUAAACCCGAUGUUAAGAAACCGGUCGCUAAAAAAUUCCAACCGAAGGUAUCCCUCGUUAGAGGAGUGACUUUGCCCAGCAAACCCAACGCCGAGAAGAUUAUCAUCACGCAAAAUUCGAACACUUCGCAAGCUUCCAAAGUUACCAGCAUCAUUCUCACGCACAACGCUAACGUGAGGAGGAACAUUAUAGGCGUACCGAAGAUAGUCAGUACCGUUUCGCCGGCUAUAACUAUAGUGAGCGCUAGUACCUCGCAAAUGGCCUCGAUAUUACCCUCUAAAUUCACGGUGCCGGUCAUAAGCGCGAGCGCCGUUCGCCAGCUAUCCAACGUAAAAGUCAUCGAUAAACCGUCGUCAUCGUCGCUAUCGAUUUCGACGAGAGACAACGUCCUGCCCAAGAAGAUCUUCGAGGACGAUUCGGUGUCUCCCGACAGCAGUUCGAAUUGCGACGACGAGAAAUCGAAGGAUUCGUUCGACGACAAGGCGAAAUGCGAGUCGCCGCCGCGCGAUCUCAAACAGCCCAACUCGCAGAUCGUCUCGUUGAAAUCGAAAACCUACGCGGAGCAAUCGAAGAAGAUCGAACACCUCCAAAUCGUGAACGUAUCGUCGAAGGACGUCGUUCAAAGGCAGCGAAUGCCGAGUCCGUUGAUCGCGAAAGCCUCGCCCGUCAUCAUACACAACACGCCCGAGUUGAAGAUGACCGCGCAAGUCAUCCAGGAGAGCCAGACUCGCAUGAACAUCACGACUACUACGGAUACCGAGCACUACGACGAGUCUAACGACGAUACGAAGUCCGUGGUGAUUUCGAUUCCUUCACCUACGCCAUCGCAAGAACAGAUGUUGGACAAUAUAGCCUUCCAGGCGCUGGAGAAUAGGAGGCGAGAGUACGAUUCGAUCGAAGACGUGUUGGAUAUGAUCGAGAAUAUCGAGAACAUCACGGCCGAACCGCCCGAGAUAUUAGAGGAAAACACGUUGCAAAGUUCGGAAUCCGGUAGUAACAUCGAAACGAAAAACGCGGAUACGAAAGAAUCGCAAUUGCCCGUCAGCGAAAGCGAUUCCUCCGCGACUAAAUCAUCUACCGUACCGCAAUUAUCGCCUCUCUCCCAACCCACUGAAUUGACUACAAACAUGGCGAACGCCUCGCAGCAACUCAGAACUCUGCUGUCGUCGCUGCAAACCACCUCGACGUCGUCUCCCACCAACGUGGAGUCGGUAGCGAAGGGCUUGGGCCAGAAAAUCGUCACUUCCUCGUCGGCCAAUCAGCCCAUAGUCGCUUCGAGGGUGAUGGGCCAACAGCAACAGGCCGGCAGGCAAUCGCCGGUCAUCGCCGGCGUCUCCACGGUGAUCGUGCCGAAUUUCAAGCAAAAAAUCGCCGCGACGGCCACCAGCACGUCCAGAAGUAGCCCCGUAAAGGUGGUGACCACCUCGCAACAACUCGCCGGAUCCAUCAUAACGUCCGCUUUGAAUUAUUUACCGAACAGAACGAUCGGUAUACAACUAGCGCCCGAGCAAUCGAAACUUGCGCCCGCUAGUGUCGCUGCGAUGCAACAAAUCAACUCGAUUACGUCGAGCCAGGAAGCGAAGAAGCCUUCGUUGACGCUCACCGCGAUGUUGCAGAACCAACCGGCGGCGAAUACGAUUUCGAAAUCUUCAGCUGAUACUAUUACAGCGGCUAGUUUGCUGGGUUCCCCUAUCAGUCUGCCGAAAACCGGAUUUACCACGUCUUUGGUGCAAGCGCAACCGAGCGUGGUGCUCUCUAGCACGCCUCCAGCGCCUGGGCAAGCUUCCUCUUCGACCAAAACCACCGCCGAUUCGAUCACAGCCGCUAGUUUAUUGAGUAGCAUCGCUAAGAGUACGUUCGCGAGCACGAGUAGCGCCAACAAGACGCCCACUUCUACAACGAAUUUGCUCCACACGCAACUGACCAAAGUGGCGAGAAGCAAAUCCGUCGAUGACGUUAAAGAUUUGGCUAAAAUCGACGAGAUUAAACAGAGUAUCAGUAGCGAAAACGUUGAUGACGGUAGUAACGGCGGGUGUAAAUUAUCGACGAUCGCUACGAGUGUUUGUAACAAAACUGAAGAUUCGCAGAACGUGUUGCUGAAGAAAUUGCUGCAAAACACGGCUUGCGCUAGCGCCCAAUCCUCCCCGCCAGCUUCCACCAGCACCGUCACCACGAGCGCCGCUAGCGCUAUAGCUAAAGCGGCCAAUUCGCAGGCUAAUAUCAGCGCUAGCGUAGAUCCCCCGCCGGUGGUGAGCGCUCCACCGAACGUUGCUAUCCAAAGGAGCGCCAGCAGAGACGAAUUACUGUCGCCGCCGCAAGACCUCCAAUCGAUGGUGGUGAUCAAGAAAGAACCGCCGCUCGUGCCGCUCUCCCAACCGAGCCCUCUAACCAACUCGAACUCCAACGCCGCCACGCCCGAGGUGAAGAAGGAAUUCAUCGACGAAUCCUCGCAGCACUCGGAGAUCUCCGACCACAGCCGCUCCGACGCGCCCAUCAAAGAGGAACUCGAAACGAUGGAGACGGCCGCCGAGAAGACGAUGCUCGACAAGGAGGAGCUGAAGAAGCAGAAGCGCCGCAUGUACCAGCAGAAGCGCCGCCAGAACCAGAUACUCAACAAGGAGCUGGCGCAGCAGCAGCAGCCGAAGAAGCGCGCCCGCAAGAAUUCGAAGCUCGACGAGGACUACGACACGUACAUCGACGGCGUGCUGGCCCAGCUGCGGCAGCUGCCGCCGAUCGCCGUCUCCGAGCCGGUGUUGGGCCGCAACUUCGGCGCCGUGCCGCUGUUCGGGUGCGGCGAUCUCGCCAAGAUCGGCGCCAAGGAUUACUCGACGCACUUGGGCGAGUUGACGGGGAGCUACGGGUACGCGGAGGCGCCCGGUUUCACGGAUUUCUACUCGACGAAACCCUACGGGGAUUUGGAUCCGUUGCCGGAGAAACCGCCGGCGUCGACGCAACGCGGUUUCUACGAUCAGGAGUUUCCGCUGAUUCGGUUCGACGUCGACGAGCAGCGGAAGUUCGACGUGUUCUGCAGGGAGGAUUCGCCCGAUUCGAUAUUGAGCAGCUCGUCGCCCGAAUGUACGCGUCGAUCCGAGAGCAAAUUCGUCGGGUUGAGGCUCAUCAGCGACAGCGAAGACGACGAAGAAGACGAUGCCAAAGAUGCCGUUUCGAACGGAAGAAUGUCGCCCGUGGUGCCCGUUAUCAAACCCGUACCUAUUAGACUAAAACCCGCUGGGGAGUUGUACUUUAAAGAAAACCUCAACGAGAACAAGGAGAACAUCAACAGCGAUUCGUUGCACGUAAUGACGAAAUCCAAAUUCGACAAUAAACAGUCUCCGCCUGCGAACGUGUCCGGCCACGUCACCGUGACUCUGACUCUCACCUCGUCGGCGGCCGAAGACAUAAUGGGAGUGCUGCGGGAUUUGGCCAAUAUUCUGCACAUACCGGCGCCUACCAGUUACCAAAUCGUCGAGCGGACGGCGUCGCCGCCGAGCCAGAAAUUGGGCGUGUACCGCACCAAAGGCAAGGACGGCAAAGAGGGAGCGCCGAUCGACAUACAGAGCAUCCUCAACGGCGCCACCAAGUUCUGCAAGCAUUGCGACGUGAUCAUUUUGAGCAACAUGAUCAGAAGGAAGGCGUCCGAUUUGCCGUUCCUGGCCAAAGAUUCGGAUUUGCUCGGCGACGGGGAGGAAUUGUUCUUUUGCGGUUCCGCCUGUUACAUGCAAUUCGCCCUCAUGCACCGGUCGCCUUCGAUAUCCGAAGACAAGGCCGCCGAGAUCAUAAACCACCUAUCGCAGAAAGACAAUUUGGACGCGAAUCAAAAAUUACCGGCGGCCGAUUCGUUAGACAACACCAAAUCCAUAGCGCAGAAAUUAUCGUUCAACGUGAAAGAUUCGAAACGGGAAUUCGAGCCGAUGGAGACGAACGACGCGUUCGCGUUCUUCGCCCGUACGGCCUCCGCCAAACAAGGUAACAACUUCUACGACGGCGCUCCGUUCAAACAGGCUCCCGCCAGGGUGCACAGGAACGACAGGUACAAACUGUGGACGCCCGGUUGUCUGCAACCCACCCAAAAACACAAAACGCCCACCGACAAGGAGAUCAUGGAGCUGCUCUACAGGAUGCAGAUCACCGUCACGCCGCCCGUCAUGCCCGAAGAUACCAGAAAGUGUUUGUUCUGUCACGGUAUCGGCGACGGCGUGGCCGACGGACCGGCGAGACUGCUCAACUUCGACGUCGACAAAUGGGUCCACUUGAACUGCGGCCUGUGGUCCGAUGGAGUAUACGAAACGGUAAACGGGGCCCUAAUGAACGUAGAAAACGCCCUACAAACCGGACUAUCGGCCACUUGCGUGCAUUGCCAAAGCGUCGGAGCCACGAUCAAGUGCUUCAAAACGCGAUGCUCGAGCAUCUACCACCUGAACUGCGCCGUCAAGGACAACUGCGUGUUCUACAAGAACAAAACGGUGUUUUGCAAGGCGCACGCCCCGAAAAGCGAGAAAGACAACGAACUCACCACGCUGUCCGUCUCGCGACGGGUCUACAUCGAACGCGACGAAAACAAACAAGUGGCUGCCGUCAUGCACCACUCCGACUCGGCCGAUCUGCUGCGCGUCGGCAGCCUGAUAUUCCUGAACGUGGGCCAGCUGUUGCCGCACCAAUUGCAGAACUUCCACACGCCCAACCACAUCUACCCGAUCGGCUACAAGAUCAUCCGGUUCUACUGGAGCAUGCGCAACUUGAACAAGCGCUGCAAGUACAUUUGCGCGAUUCGCGACGCGUCCGGCAAGCCGGAGUUUCGCGUGACGAUCCAGGAGCCGCCCGAAGCGGACGUCGAAUACGCCGACGCCACCCCCAAAGGCGCCUGGCAGAAGAUCCUCGACAACGUGGCCGGCAUACGGAAGGCGAACAAUUGCCUGCACAUGUUUCCGAAAUUCGCGACCGGCGAGGAUCUGUUCGGACUAACCGAACCCGCUAUAGUUCGAGUAUUAGAAAGCAUGCCGGGCAUCGAAACGCUGUCGGACUACAAGUUCAAAUACGGACGGAAUCCGCUGUUGGAGCUGCCGCUCGCCAUCAACCCGUCGGGGGCGGCGCGGACGGAGCCGAGGCUGCGCAGCCAGUUGCAUUGGAAGAAGGCGGCGCACACGCAGAGGACCACCGGCGGCGCGUCGUCGAUUCGACCGAUGUUCGGACCGUCGUUGGCCGGUUCUAUCGGCGCGCCGGCCCAAGGCGAGCUCGCCUGUCCUUACAGCAAGCAGUUCGUGCACUCGAAGAGUUCGCAGUACAAGAAAAUGAAGCAGGAAUGGAGGAAUAACGUUUAUUUGGCGAGAUCGAAAAUUCAAGGGCUCGGUUUGUACGCCGCUAGGGAUUUGGAGAAACACACGAUGGUUAUCGAAUAUAUCGGGGAAAUUAUCAGAUCCGAACUGGCCGAGUGUAGAGAAAAACAAUACGAAGCUAGAAAUCGAGGGAUAUACAUGUUCAGAUUGGACGAGGAACGCGUGGUGGAUGCCACUUUGUGCGGCGGUUUGGCCAGGUACAUCAAUCAUUCGUGCAAUCCGAAUUGCGUGGCCGAAACCGUCGAAGUCGAUCGAGACGUUCGGAUAAUUAUAUUUUCCAAACGGAGGAUUUUGCGAGGAGAAGAGUUGGCGUACGAUUACAAGUUCGAUAUCGAAGAUGAUCAAAACAAAAUAUCCUGCAUGUGCGGGGCACCGAAUUGUCGCAAAUGGAUGAAUUAA